CACCCCUCCGCUGUCGCCGCGCAUGCGCGGAACCGCCCACAUCCCCCAUCGCACAUGCGUAACUCCGCCCUAAUCGAGCGCGCAUGCGUAAACCUGCCCCCCGCUCAUGCGCUCUGAAGCUCCUCGGUUGCUGCGGCAACCGGCCGAGUUCGAGGAAGGGCUGGAGGCUUCGGUAGGCCGCAGUAGGCCGCAAGGGGAAGAAGAAGGAAAAAGGAGGACGCAGGAAGACGCGGAGGGACACAGCGGGGCCGCAGCGAUGUCAGAUUCCGGGCAGAGCCCGGCCCCGGGCGUGCGGCGGCGGUGGCCGAGGGAGAAAGAAGGCGACGGGAGCGGGGACCGGAGGGAGCCCACGGAGGAGCCGGGCGCGCUGCUGCCGAAGACGCCCAUCAUCCUGGCAAAGCCGCCGGCCGAGCGGGUGAAGGCCGCGGCAGGUCCCGCCCCGCCCCCUCCCGGCCCCGCCCCGCCCAUCGUGCUGAUGAAGGCGCGGGGGGAGGAGGGGCGGGCCGGCGUCGGAGCUGGGGAGGGGGCUGCGAUCGCCCCCCCCCGGGAGAGGGAGGGACCCCGGCCCACCCAGCCCGUCUAUCAACUGCACGGCAGGGGGCUGCCCCCCCCCGGGGCCAUGGACCCGGUUGCGGGUCAGGCGCGGCUGGCGGCUCCCGAGAAGAUGAAGAGCAGCAUCAAACUGGUGGACGAGCAGAUGAACUGGUGCGACAGCGCCAUCGAGUUCCUGCUGGACCAGACCGAUGUCUUGGUGGUUGGGGUGCUGGGGCUGCAAGGCACCGGGAAAUCCACCCUCAUGUCCCUGCUGGCAGCCAACCAGCCUGAGGAGGACCCGCGGGCUUUCGUCUUCCGCCCUCAGAGCCCUGAGCUGAAGGAGCGGGGGGGCAGCCAGACCUGCGGCAUCGACUUCUUCAUCACCCAGGAACGCGUCGUCUUCCUCGACACCCAGCCCAUCCUCAGCCCUUCCAUCCUUGAUCACCUCAUCAACAAUGACCGCAAGCUGCCCCCCGAGUACAGCCUGCCCCACACCUACGUGGAGAUGCAGUCGUUACAGAUCGCUGCCUUCCUCUUCACCGUCUGCCACGUGGUGCUGCUGGUGCAGGAUUGGUUCACUGACCUCGGUCUCUACAGGUUCCUCCAGACAGCUGAAAUGGUGAAACCUUCCACUCCGUCCCCCAACCACGAACCCAGCGGCACCGCCGGCCCUGAGGAGCCUUCAGAAUAUUAUCCACACCUGGUGUUCAUACAGAACCGCGCUCGCCCUGAAGCCUUUUGCCCCCGCCGCCUGCAGCAGAUGCAUGGGAUCCUGGACCGCCUGAUGGCCCAUUCCCACCUCAAAUACAAGGGCUCUCUCUCCAUGCUGGAUUGCGGGCUGUUCCCUGGGCUCCCGGAAGGUUUCCUCCCCACCGAGGUGAAUCUUUUCCUGCUGCCCCCCAUGGAGGCUGAAGCUGAGGACGCUCCUCCUCGCACCGCUCCUGGGGGGGGUCCCCUCUUCCCACUGCUCCCCCCAUACCGAGGCCACGGCACUUUUGGGACCCUUCUGGCCCGGCUGCGGGGUCGGGUGCUGGCAGCUGCUCGGGCUCAGCUCUCCCACACCCUCCUGACUGAACGUAACUGGUUUCACUACGCUGCCCGCAUCUGGGACGGGGUGAAGAAGUCCUCAGCGUUGGCCGAGUACAGCCGGCUGCUGGGCUGAGCCCCAAACGCCGGGAGUCACCCCAAAAACGGGGCCCUGCAAGCAAAUAAAACUCACUGGACCCCCA